UAGAAGUUUGUAUCACUGAAGAGAAGUAAACAAUUUACAAACAUUUAACAGUGUUAAUGGAGAAUAGGGGAUGUGUACAUAUCAUCGGUCGAAAGAAUGAAACAGAGAAGAAGAAGAAUCAUGUAAUUAAACAGAAAGGAAAAGGAAUAGUCAAAUCAUCAGCAUCAGUGCUCGGGAAUAGGAGGAAGAAGAAGUUGUUGAUAAAAAGGGUUUUUGAUUAUUUAACUUCUGAUUCUUAUUUGUAUGCUCCUUUGUUGCAUCAUCCUGCUAAUGCUGGUUCCCAUAAUUCUUUGCUGCCCAAUACAGGACCUCUUGAUUACAUCAAACGAGUCACCUCAAAAAUCCUAACCAGACCAACGACAGAGAAAGAUCAACAAGUGAGCGACCAGGGACACCACCAAGCAAUAGGUGAUGAUCAUCAUCCAGAGAAUUUAGUUGAACAGGAGGAUGAUGAAGCCAUCAAUGUCAAUCAACCUGAAGCUGAAGUUCAUGGUGUUGGACGUGAAGAGGCAAUUGGGCACCCUGAAAUCGUGAAGCGCAUUGUGCACCAAAGUGAUGUCUUGUUGUCCAGGGCAGGGCGUUGUGUUGACAAUUCUAAAGACUUCCUCCUCACUCAUAAGUCUAGCAAAGAAAUUGGCCGCUCUAUCAAAUGCUAAAUUCUAAAAAACGGGAACCUAUUUGCUAACAAACUGGUGUACUUGCUUGUUUAUGUAUUCUCUAAAAGGUUUAUAUGUUAACAUACUGCCUUCUUGGUGGU